GUACCAGAAGACGUUAUUAAUUAAAUAAAACCAUGGUUUAGAAAUAAAUGAUACCGACUUGACAUCCUGAACGACUCUUACUGUAGAAUGCGUUCCGUGUAAUCUGUAAAUAACGCCACCCAGACUACUUCACCUCUUCCAUAUUUGAAUAUAUUCACUGACUUUUUAUAAUUUAUUUCGUGAUGGUUUUUAACACGAUUGGACGCCUGUCGUAAGGCUAAAACGAGAGUCACUCCUCCACCCACUACAUUUCUCACGCAUGCUGGAAUGUGCGACUGUUACUUGUAACACAUAUCCGACAAGGGAGAUUUUAUUUAAAUUGAGAAAAAAAUACGGUUCUACCGGAAGUGUGCCUGUGUAUGACCACGCUAGCACUGCAUACCCCUCCAUUCCGGAAAGUGUCAACACUAACGUCACCAGGAAUGCUGACGUGGGUAGCGCCAACAUUGACAUGGAGGCUCAGCCCAAGGCGUCCCACUACGUCAAUCCGAACUGUGUGCUAUUGAACUAUUUCACUGGCGACACUGCGACAGUCGUGGACGAACAUUUUUCACGUGCGCUUAGUCAGCCGAGCAGCUUCACGGCCGACCGAGGUACGACGCCCCUCCGUAAAACAGAUAAACCACUUAUGUGUCACCGGAAAUUACCGCCAUCUUUCUGGAACAGUACAUACCGUCCCCCAGCCACCACCAACCCAUUGGGGCCCUCGGGGGGCGGACUGGAUUACUCCAGGGACACGUACUUCAGUCCCUCAUGGUACUCUCUACAGAACAACUGGCCGUACCGCCUUCCCUCCCACGGACACUCGGACAUCGGACAAAGUUUGUCCUACCCGUCCCUAGACACUUCCAGCAAGUUGAGUAAUCCAUACCAAUCAUUUGUGUUCCCCGGCAGCUAUGAUUCCAGACCGUCCAAAUUUGACUUUUCCAAAAACAUGGAUCCCCUUAGCGGAUCUAGCGGUUACUAUGGACUUUCACGAUUAGGCAUGGAUUUCCCGUCAAAAAGCAACAUUGAAAGCACCGUUUCUGGUCUGGAGUACCAGCUUCAGUCGGCACGAAGAGAACUCUGUUGGUGACAUUUUUACAAUGUCAAGAACAAACUUCCGGUGUCAAGUGCGCAUGUGCUAUGUGACAUUGAUCUCACGUGGGUCUUUCUUAGUAUUCAUAACGAUACAAUUCACGUCUACCCGCAUUAGGAUAAAUCACGAUCUUCAUCAACAGAGACGUAACUGUGCACAUGCGAGGAUUUCGAACGACAGACAUGUUACUGGACACGUAACUAAUGUGACACCAGUUACAUUUCACGUGAAUUCAGAAGACGGCGUCGAAUAAUUCAGAUACAUUUGGAACAUCGCACCUUUUAGUUAGGAACAUUAAAACACAAUUUGGUAAACAUGUUAGUCUCUGUUCCAGCUAUCUGAUAUUAGUGAUUGUUGAUAGGUGUGUUAAGGUGUCACAAGCUUACCGGUGUAAAGGGUAGAUACAGGUCAGAAGGUCAUGUCAGCUUCUGUUUUACUCCCCAGAGAAUCGUUCAUAUUGUACAAUGUUUGAAGGAUGUUUUACAUUAUAAACAAAUCGCAUUCCUUGAACAUACAGAAUAUUGCACGACAUUUUAUUUUUGCAAAGUGCUACAAAGCGUUACAGAAACAAAUAAUACAUAUAUUUAACCGUCAUAAAACGGGGUAAUAAUGUAAAUUAGGAUACGAGUGUAUUCCCUGCCUAAUCCAGGUCUCGAUACGUUUUCGCAUGUAAACGAUCAUAGUCCCCGAAUAUUGUACAAUAUGAACGGUUAAAUUCAGAUAACCCCUUAUAAUACUGUUGUACCUGUACAUGCGUAUGUAAUGUUAAGGACACGUGUAGAUGUGUUUAUAAGGUGGGGUACAGGUGUAAAUAUGUAUGUAAGGUGGGGUACAAGUGUAAAUAUGUAUGUAAGGUGUGCUAUAGGUGUAAAUAUGUAUGUAAGGUGUGGGACAGGUGUAAAUAUGUAUAUAUGGUGUAGGUAAGGUGUUAAUUUGUAUGUAACGUGUAGGGCAGGUGUAAAUAUGUAUGUAAGGUGUAGGACAGGUGUUAAUUUGUAAGUAAGGUAUGGGGCAGGUGUAAAUAUGUAAAUAAAGUGUCGGACAGGUGUACAUUUGUGUGUAAGGUGUAGAACAUGUGUUAAUCUGUAUGUAAGGUAUGGGGCAGGUGUAAAUAUGUAAGUAAAGUGUCGGACAUGUGUACAUUUGUGUUUAAGGUGUAGGACAUGUGUUAAUUUGUAUGUAAUGUAUGGGACAGGUGUAAAUAUGUA